GUAAGAGAGCUGCAAAGCUGAUUUGCCUUUGGACCCUCUCAAGUAAGUUUUACCUCAUCUACAAGAAAAGAACACUCCACCACAAACAAACCCUCUUCCAUAAAUUCCCAAAUCUCAAAUCUCUGUGCUCGAUUUGUCCCUCCAAAUCUCAUGUCGACUGUUUUCCAUAAUUAGCACUUCCUACCCCUUUCAGCUAUUCUUCUUCCCAUUCAUUACACCAUUCCAAGAAUGAGAGCAGGGGGUUGUGCAGUGCAGCAAGGUCUCGCGUCGGAGGCCGCCGCCGUCGUCAAACAGGCGGUGGUCCUCGCCAAGCGGCGGGCUCACGCGCAGGUCACGCCGCUGCACGUGGCCAGCUCCAUGCUCGCCGCUCCCGCCGGCUUGCUUCGAAUCGCCUGUCAACGAUCACACUCCCACCCCCUCCAGUGUAAGGCCCUCGAGCUUUGCUUCAACGUCGCGCUGAAUCGUUUGCCGGCGUCGUCUCCGACGAACCAUUCGCUGUACCCUUCCAUCUCCAACGCCCUCGUGGCAGCCUUUAAGCGAGCCCAAGCCCACCAACGACGAGGAUCCGUCGAAAACCAGCAGCAGCAGCAGCAGACACUUCUACCUGUGAAGAUCGAAAUCGAGCAGCUCGUGAUUUCAAUUCUCGACGAUCCGAGCGUUAGCCGCGUGAUGAGGGAGGCUGGGUUUUCGAGCACACAGGUGAAAGGCAAUGUGGAGAAAGCCGUUUCUUUGGAGCUGUGCUCCCGGAGCUCCUCUCCUCCCCCUCCCGGAAAUAAAUCGAUCAAGGACAACAAAUCAUCAGUUGCUCUAACGCUGCGCCAGCCUUCUUCUCCUCCUCCAAUAAAUUUAAAUGAAAGAAAAACCAGGUGCAGGACGUCUGCAGAGGCAACUACAGACGAUGACGUGGGGAUCAUAAUUGAAACUUUAUUGAUGAACAGAAGAAGGAGCCUCGUAAUUGUUGGUGAAAGCAUUUCCACUAUAGAAAGUACAGUUAAACACCUGAUGGAUAGGGUUGAUGGAGGCGGCGUUCCCGAGGGAUUGAGGGAAGUGAAAUUCGUUAGUAUCCCACCACUCCAUUCUUUCUGCAAUCUCGAGAUGAAUUUAGUUCGACACAAGAUGGGAGAACUUGCUUGCCUCGCAAAGAGUCUUGCUGGGAAAGGGGUUGUACUGUACUUGGGAGACCUGAAUCGAAUUAGUGAAUGUAACCUUAAUUUGGAGCAGGAGGGGAGCUUUUCUAGCUGUAGUUCUGUGGAGCACAUGAUCAUGGAGCUUGGCAGAUUGGUCUGCAGAAUUGGCGAGGAGGCUGCUGGAAGGAUUUGGCUGAUGGGAAUUGCUACAUUUCAGACUUACAUGAGGUGCAGAAAUGGCUACUGUUCACUCGAAAGUGUUUGGGGAUUGCAUCCUGUCACAAUUCCUUCUAAUACUUUGGGAUUGAGUUUAAUUUCUCACAGUGAAGCCAGAAAUGGAAGAUCAGCAGAAAUGAGUGGAUCCUCUCAUCUACUUAUUACAAGUGAAGAGGUAAACCUCCUCACUUGCUGCCAUGACUGUUCAUCCAAAUUCGAAGACGAAGCUCGGGAUUUGCUAGGGGGAAUCUGUACAACCGAUGACAGCACGACAUUGUCGAGCCUGCAGCUGCCUCCUUGGCUUCAGGACCAAAGUAGAAGACUGUGUAAGAAUGAUCAGUACCGUGACUCAGUCGGGAAACUGCGGAUGAAAUGGAAUUCGUACUGUAAUUCAGCGCACAACCAAAGUGCUUGUCGUGAAAGAACCCUAAUUACAUUCGGGUCAGCAUCACCUUCCUCGUCAUCAUCAUCUGACCGAUUAUUACAGAACCCUAAUAAUAAUACACAGAAAAGCCAUAACUUGAAAGAAUUCAACGCCCGAAAUCUGAACAUGCUAUGCGAUGCACUUGAGGAGAAGGUUCCAUGGCAGAGAGAAAUCAUCCCGGAAAUCGCUGGAACAGUACUGGAAUGCAGGUCGGGAAUGUUGAAGAGAAAAGACAGUAAUGGCGUCAAAGAAGAAACGUGGCUGUUAUUUCUCGGCCCCGACGAUCACGCACAGACAAAACUGAAAAUUUCCAGAGAAUUGGCGAGAAUUGUAUUCGGUUCUUAUUCAUGUUUCACGUCAAUUGGGGUUAAAACUCUCAUCGACUCGAAUGGCUUGAUCGAAUGGCUUGGCCAUGAAGUGUCGACCGACCCUCAUCGGGUCUUCCUGGUGGAAGAUUUCGAGCAAGCGGAUAAUCCGACAAGAAUUGCGAUGUCCAGGGCGAUUGAAUCGGGAAGAAUUGGAGCAAGUGAAAAUGGGGGAGAAGUAGGGUUCCUGGACGCCAUUAUUGUAUUCACUUGCAAGAGAUUGAAUGCCACGUCAGAGCUGCAGGAGAUCAAAAUCCCGUUGGAUCUGAAUCUGUCGUGCGAUGAAGAUGAUGACAUGAACAGCAGUGGUGAGCAUUGUGAUUUAGGGUUAUUCGAAGAUAUUGUGGACAGGCGUGUAGUUUUUGGGAGAUCGAUCUUGUAGAAUAUUAGCUCUUAGCUAAUUACCUUAGCUUAGCUUUGCUUUGUAUAAUUUAUUACAUCUUUAAUUAGGCUGUUUGUUUUCUGGAAAUUACUAGUAACUUGUUUCUGUAAAUCCAUGUCUAAUUUUCAGUUUCUUUUUCUUUUUUUAUGAACAGAAACCCUAAACCUAAAUUGGCAUCAAACUGCAUCCAU